UUUAUCAAUCCAACAUUAUAUGGAGGUUCAAUGUUAGAUCAAUCUGCCGGAUUAGGAGAACCUUUAAACGUGAUCAUAAGUGCAUUAAGUACGCCAGAAUUACUUUCACGUAAAGGUUUACAAGGUUAUUUGCGUUCACUCGAUCUUGAUAUGGAAUGUUUUGGUUUGCAUUCAGGUGGUCCUCAAAAAGCUUUUUUGGAUCCAAGAGGUUGGGUAGAUCAAAAUUUCUUAUAUAGAGAAGUGUACACUCCGCUUGACUACCUGUUCGGAACAUGUAUCGAAUCAUUAAAAGGCGGAAAUCAUAUCCGUGCAUGGCAACAACAAGGAACCGGGGCAUGGUUCCUCGCUGCUUCACGAGAAGAGAAUGUGACCAAGCACCAUAUGAUCGUUCCUGAUGGUUACAAUAUAGGAAGAGAUGAUCUCGUUCAACAAAGUCAACAGAACAAAAAUGGCAUUACAUCAUUCAUGUUCCGUAAAUAUCAAACAAAAGUUGAUUAUCUCACCGGUUUAAUUCAACCUGGAACGAAGGGCAUCAAUCACGAUAUCGCAACCGACGGCAGGGUUGCACUUUUGACGAUC